AUGAUGUCGCGCACUAUUGGUCCGGACCCUUCCAGUAGCCUCGGUCUAUCUGCAAACGACCACAAGGCCGAACACGCCAUGCGUGAGGCCGUCCAGACGUUGAAGACCCCUCACCAGCUGCGCCUCUUCUUUGUACAUCUUCUUGUCAAUGACUACGUGUACUCUCCUAUCACAACUUGGAAUUCUUUUCGGGACGCGUUUGCGCAGGACUUCAUCCUCGGCAGCGACAACAUCAACAUUGGCGUAAACCAGGCACUGGAGGAGAUUGGUCGCUCGCUGGAGGAGCAUGGGAAGUCACUUGCGGUAUAUGGGCUGCCCGAACCCUCGUUUCACAGCCGUGAGGUGGAUCAUGAGCUUUCGCGGUGGAGUUGCGACAUGGAUGUGCUCGCUGCACGUGCAGCUACAGCGGUGUCGAAGCUUAAUGCGGAGCAAUAUUGUGUUUACACGGAGAUCCAAGAUGCCGUAUCGCAUGAUCGGCCCUUGUGCGCGUUUGUGGACGGCAAGGCAGGGCGGGGCAAGACCUUUCUGGUGAAUACGAUAUGUAACAAACUUCGUUCACAAGGUCGCAUCGUCUUGCCCACGGCGACGUCUGGUUUUGCAGCUCAGCUAUAUCCUGGAGGCAGAACCACACAUUCUACGUUUAGGGUACCCGUUGAGGAAGACGAGGACAAAGAGCUAGUCUCUCCUGUUGAAGCCCAUGAUCCCCGCGGGGAGCUGAUACGUGAAGCGGCAGUUAUCAUAUGGGACGAGGCGCCCAUGGCGAACAGUGCCGUGCUGGCGUGCGUUGAGGAGACAUGUCGACGAGUUAUGCGAAACGAUCUCCCGUUCGGCGGCAAGGUCGUCAUUCUCCUGGGUGACUUCCGUCAAACAUGUCCCGUAAUCAGACACGCUACUCGACGUCAAAUCGUAGACGCAUCCAUCCGAUCUUCGCCUAUCUGGCGAUCGUUUUCCUUGUAUCGACUCACGCAGCCUAUAAGGAAUGCCGAGGAUCUCCCCUUUGCAGAUUUCGUUGACUCAAUCGGCGAUGGAGCUGGCCCCAACAUCGACCUCAACAUGCUUCAGAAGGUCAGAGACCGAAACGAGUUGAUAGAUUUCGUGUACCCGCAGGCGACUCUGGACGACCCGGUGAUGUGUCUCAAGCGCGCGAUCCUCUCUCCGACCAACGACCAAGUGGACAAGUACAACAACGAAAUUCUCGGCCGCAUCAAAGGUUACCAGCGCACUUUUCUCUCUCUUGAUUCACUGAAAGACGAUUCGCCGAUGGAAUCUGACUCACUGGAUGACAUUUCCCCCGAGAGUGUGCUGAAGGAUGCAGCGAGACGCUCUCCACCUGGUAUCCCUGCGCACGCCCUCACUUUGAAAGUAAACGGUGUAUACCGCCUGAUGUGCAAUUUUUCGCCGGACCGCGGGCUCGUCAAGAACACGCGGGUGGUAGUUGUGGCCAUUCAUAAACGCAUCGUCAUUGUCCGUGUACUGCGAGGUGUAGGCGGCGUAAGCGUGCUCGACGCAGAGGACAUCAUCAUUUCACGGAUACCCUUCACUACAACGCUCGAGUCUGGAUACAUGCUCGUCCGCCGACAGUUCCCUCUCUCUCCCGCGUACGCGACCACGUUCAAUAGCUGCCAGGGCCUCACUCUUGACGUAGUUGGCGUGGAUCUCACACGCCCUGUCUUCUCGCACGGGCAAUUGUAUACAGCACUGUCACGCAUCCGGCAUCGCACGCAUGCGAAAGUGCGUCUACUACCCGGACGUUCGACCACGAAGAACGUUACCUACCACGAGAUUCUGCCCUAG